AUGUUGCUUGGGGAUUACUCAGUAAUGCAAAAUGACAGUGGCACAGGCUAUAUCGUCUUUACUCCCCGAGCUCUUAGCCCUGAGGAUGAGGAGAAAAUCCGCAAAGCGAGUCGAUAUCGGCGUAUCCUUGAGGAGAACAGAGUGGUCAGAAGGUUUGGAAAAGAAAGUUUAUCUCGUGGCCAGCCUUCGCCCAAACCUUCAACAGAAGAUCCUGAUAUCCCCGAUACUGAUCGAAUUCCUUUGUUCGAUUCAUUAACACAGGUGGUUCCUUUGCUAGAGCCCAAGGUGGAUACGAUGCCGGAUCAAGUCUUGGUAGUCGUUGAAAAUGUCGCAACAGACGAGUGCGCGGUCAAACGUCUACAUGAAUCUACAAGCGCUGAGCAGUUCUGGGCCGAAUACGAGUCCUUGAAGCGUCUAAAGAGCUUGAAUCAUCCUCACCUGAUAGAGACACUCUCUGUCUUUAGAUUCGAGAGGGUUAAAACACAGCAUUUCAACUUUGUGUUUCCACUGGCUCUUUCGAACUUGAAGCGUCUCUUCCGCGACUCAGUUGUUCCGGUUCCCCUACGAAACCGAAACCUUGAUUCCCUCUGGGGCCAGUUCUCCGGACUCUCAAGCGCCGUUGCUUACCUUCAUGACUCCGCUCAUAUGGCUCAUCGCGAUAUCAAACCGUCUAAUAUCUUAAUCUACGAAGGGUCUGCUGGUAUAGGCGUCUCUCUGAAGCUUACAGACUUUGGCUUAUCAGUAGACCUGUCUAGAGCCAGAACCUGGGAGCAAGGGAGUCGAGCUCGUCAAUCCGCUUGGCUGUAUGACUCACCAGAAGUCCGAAAAGCCUCUCCAAGGGCGAGCUUAGCUGAACCAAGCGCUAGAAUCAGUAUCCCUUCUUCAUUGGAUUUGAUGGCUAACGAUAUAUGGAAAUUGGGGUGUGUCUUUACAGAGAUGCUUGCAUAUCUAGUAGGUGGAGGUUCCGUUGGUGUGGGCGCAUUUCGUGACUACAUUACAACUACAGAAGACAAAAUAUCUUCUGACGAGUUCAACGACACUCGUUUCGACGAUGGCGAGCAGGUCAAAUCUCAGGUUCUCGAGUUCAUUGACCGGAUGGCGUACAAAGAUGACCGAGCGGGCAUGUUGCAAUCGGUAAUCAAGGAAAUGCUCGCCAAGUCAGCGUUGAGACCUACUAUAGCUCUCGUUUGUGAGAAUUUAGCAGAGAACCACUUCCCGAACAUCAGCUACAAUGACGGAGUAAGAGUGGUUCAAUUUAUUCCAGCGCAGCGUUUGGUACGCUCACGCUUCAAUACCUUAAGACUCAAAAUUGAGGAAUGGACUGGUCGGCCAAUAGAUUGGGCCCCGUUUCGCCAACCACUACCCAGGCUGAAUGCCGGCGGCUACAUGGCAACUUGGAAGUGGCAUGAAGUUGAUCUCGCUCUAGCUCUUUCCCGGGAUGAGUUUCAUCGCUACAAAGCAACAUGCUUCCCUGUGACCACUAACAAUGUUCCCCUUCUCCCUCUUACACGACAAGGUCUCAAGGCACAGCAAGCUGCUAAGCCAAGUUCUUCUACACAACCAGCCAAUCUCGGACAACCAUCUCAGUCUUCUCUCGGCACCAAUACCCUGGCAAGGACAAUUUCUUCCGUGGUACUGACGUCCGUAGAUACGAAAGACAUUUACUGGUGCAUUGAGAGGAACUUUACAGAGCCAAAAGAAAUAUACCUUUCCCCAAUUCAGAAUGCAGAGGCGCUAGACGACGAACAACUGUAUCAUCAAGUCAACAAGGCCAUUCGUAGCACAGAGGGUUGGAUUCGUCGACUCUUCUCAUGGAAACGUUGCACCGCAAUCGAUUUCGUUCAGUUCCUUGUGAUCUGGGAGAACAAAGAUCAAGUCAAUCCUAUUCAAAAAGAACUUCCUCCACCUGCUACUCCAUUCUACAACCAUUCCGUCCCUUUGCCUCAUGAUUUUCACAUGAGAGCAGCUGGAUUGCAAAUGGUAUUCGGACUGCGUGAUCCAAAAAAGGGUAGAGGAGAAACAACCAUCAUCGAUAUGCUUCCCAAGAAGAGAAACCCUCCCCCUUUCUCGAAAAGAAUAUCAGAACCUGGCUGGGGUCUGCAUGCCAAGAUGGGAUUUUCUCAGCGGAGGGCUGCGACACUCGCAUGCGAGGCGGAUAUUGCGGCCGCCCAUACGAGACCCAUCACAGUCAAGUCUCCAUAG